CUAUCGAUUUCCCUUCGAGAUGUCAGUCACACAACACCCCCACACUCGUUAGUUACAAACGUUGCGUUCCCCACACACCCCAAACACACAACACUUAUUUUAAUGAAAUUGGCGACCAAGACUUUCGGACCUUGCCCCGCGAAAAAUACCCAGUCCCGGCAGGAUGUUUUCGGACUAUGUCAAGAACGCGUACCGCACCCGCAGACACACGCUGCCCAUCAACGAGGACUUGUUUAGCGAGUACUCCUGUCUGCUGGAGGAUGGAGUCAGCUUGGGGAGCUGCAAGCGGAUCUUGUCUCGCACCUUCAUGCUGGUAUGGGACUACAGGCAGUUCCAGGCCGCUUGCAUCAUCCAGCGCAAGUGGCGGGCCUUCUGGUCGCAGAAGAAGCUCGACCGGGAAAACCAGGCGGCCACCACCAUCCAGAGGCACUGGCGGGGCUACGCCGCCCGCAAGAACUUCUACAAGUUCGUGGAGGACAAGCUGCAGCAGCAGGUGAUGGACCACUUCCACCGCGCGGCCACCAAGAUACAGGCCCUGUUCCGGGGCCACCGCGUCCGCCAGACGGUCCACGACAUGAGCAGCCUGCAGACCAUGCAGGUGUGUGCCGCCGAGGACCUCCUCAACUGCGUCGCCUUCAAGCUGCACCACCUGCUGCGCACUUACGCCAUCCCCGGCGUCUACUCGCUGAAGAACUCCAACUGCCUGUCUCGGGUGGAGAAGCUGAUAGCCAGCCUGCACUUCCGCUACUACAACGGCAAGGCGGUGUCCCAGUCGAAGAAGACGAUGGCCAGGAUCGAGGAGGAGCGGAAGCAGUCCCUGAAGACCGGCCACUACGCGCGGUUCCCGUUCCCGGGCCCCAACUACUGGAGCCGGUGCCCGCCCAAGUGCGAGGCGGCCCUGAGCCUCAGCAAGGACAUCGACAAGCGCAUGUACAAGAUCAUCGAGAUGUACGACGCCUCCCAGAAGGCGGCUCACGCCGCCUGGGUCCAGAAGAAGAAGGCUCAGAAGAAAAAGAAGAAGCUCAUCAGCCAGAUAAAGAAGGCUCUGGAGAAGAACAAGCGCGACUUCUGCGGCGACGUCAUCGCCAGCAUGCGCCGGUGGAAGUUCCUGGCCGAGAACAACCUGACCGUGGACAAGAACAUCUUCAGGAACCCGGAGAACCUGCAGAGAUUCAUAAAUGAGAUAGCGGACUUUGUGCAGGAGUUCGAGGACUGCACCUGCCACUGCCGCAUUCAGGCCUUCGACGAAGUCUACUGCACCUGAACCCAAAAUUCCGAAUGAAAUAAAGACAAUAUUUUCAUAAAAACAUUUAUUGAGAGUCCAAUGAGAGUCCUCCACCGGGCCAGCUCGACACUACCGACAACGGGUACAGGGGGUACUAGGGGUAUCAGUUAAGAAUCGUAUUAAAUACAUCCAC